AUGUGGCAGGACACAAAUAACGCAUACAGUACAUCAUCCUCUCAAAAUCAGUAUUAUACAGGUGCACCGGCGCCGCAGGGAGUCCCACUUCAGUUCUAUGCGCCCAGCCCCGUCAACAGCAGUUUCUACACCGGAUCACGCUCCAGUCUCGAGGGAACUGUCGGUGCUCAGGGAUCAAUAGCUCAACAGGGGGCUCCGCCGGGAUACGGAGGCAAUAUCCAAGCUGCAGGAGGCUGGUGGACUGCCUUUGGGACGGGUGGCUUCGAGGGCGAGCCGCCAUUGCUGGAAGAAUUGGGGAUCAAUUUCUCGCAUAUCCGCGCGAAGUCCCUGACCGUGCUCAAUCCCUUGCGGCGAGUGGAUGAGCACAUCAUGGAUGAUGCUGACCUGGCAGGACCCCUACUUUUCUUCCUCUGUUUCGGCACAUUCCUAUUGUUUUCCGGAAAACCUCAGUUCGGCUACAUUUAUGGGGUCGGCCUGCUAGGCUCUGCAUCCAUCUACACAUUACUGAAUUUGAUGUCAGAGAAAGGGAUCGAUGCAUACCGCGUUGUGUCGGUACUAGGGUAUUGUCUACUGCCUAUGGUUGGGGUUGGUGCAUCAAGCAUCAUGGUUACGCUCGAGUACGUUUGCCUCAUUUUGUCAGGAUAA